GCAUGGAACAAGUCCAUGGCGUCGACGUCAGUUGGAUGACGCAGGGCUCACCAAAAGGCAGGCUGCUUUGCCACUCCCACCGCUGUGUCUGCCACGGCGCUUUCAUGAUGGCUUCAUGUAUAAGUCCAUCGGCGCCGUGGCAGACUGCUUGUCGGGCAAUCGUGAUAGGGAAUUGAAAACUAACAAUGCGUGUAGACAAAUUCAACAAGGCUG